AAGCAAAAUCAACAUAAUUUGGCAGACAAAGGAACAUAGUACUUCAUCUUUCCCAAUAUCUUCACGGGAUGUGUGGCCCAAAUGUCAAAAGCAAUUGCCCUUACAAUCAAAAGCAUAAUCCAUAUCAAAAGGUGUAGGUUUUAUGUAUUUAUAUAUAUGGAAUAGCUUCCAUCCCAGAUAUUCCCCUCCUCUGCAGCCAAAAGUUUUUUAGAGGGUCUAAAGAAAACAAGUUCUCUCCUGCAUAUGUACGCAGACCUAAUGUAUAGUUCUAAGAUCUAUUUGGAGCUCAUAUAACUCCUAUACCGACAACACAUGGAGUCUGCUAUAAACUGACAUGGAGCACAACAAAAUUUCUUGCACUCCCAAGAAAUGUGAAAUUUACUAUUCCCCAUGCAUAUGGGAGGAAGGGAGGACCCUUUUGUACGAUUAGAUUUGCACAUCAAUUAUAUGCUGCGGGUAUUUGACUUGCAGGGAACAUAUUGAGUAUCUUGGAGUAAGUCUACGCUGGUAUUCCACUUGCAAUGGUAAGCGAACCAGGCAAUCUGUCAAAGCAGCUUUCACAGCAUUUUAAGCCCAUGAUUUUUGGAUUUCAGCCCACUACAUGUGCUGGAAAGCACUCGGUAGGCCAGUCUCGAUAAAAUAAAAUUUGUGUAGACUUAUAUGCAGGAGCUGACAUUCAUACCUCUAUGUAAAUUACAGACAUCAUAGGUCUAGGGAGACUAUAAUCAGACAUGCCAUCUAGAGUGUUGAAUGAAGCUUCUGCUUCUUCUUCGAAGUAUAGAUCACAGAAACUGGUCAUAAAAUCAAGUGGUAAACAGCACCAUCACUUUCAUAGAUAUUCAAAUCACCAUCAGAGGGCAUUCAUAAUUGGGUUUUCAACCCUUGGAUUUGGGUUGUUACUUAUAUGUGUGUUGCUUGCGAUCCUGUGGUAUAACCGCGUUAAGAGUAGCAAAACCAGUCCCUAUGACCUCACUUCUAUCCGGCUUCAGAGGUUUUCAUACCGGGAGCUCAAGUCUGCCACUGGUUCAUUCAACUCGACUCACAGGCUUGGGAAGGGGGGGUUUGGUGUUGUUUACAGAGGGGUUCUCAGGAAUGGCAAGGAGGUCGCAGUUAAGAGAAUGGACAUGACAUCCCUGCAGGGUGAACGAGAAUUUCAGAAUGAGCUAUCAAUCAUUGGAGGACUUAGGUCUCCAUUCGUCGUGUCUCUUUUUGGGUAUUGUUCAGAUGGAAAGAGGAGAUUGCUGGUGUAUGAACAUAUGCAGAAUAGAAGCCUGCAGGAGGCUUUAUUUGAGAAUGAUGAGUCGCCUUCGAAGCUGGAUUGGGAAAAGAGGUUCAAGGUAAUUCUGGACACUGCCCAAGCUUUGGCCUUUCUGCACGUUGAGUGUGACCCACCUAUUGUUCAUGGUGAUAUAAAACCAAGCAAUAUUUUGCUGGAUGCCAACUUCAACGCCAGGCUUGCAGAUUUUGGGCUCGCAAGAGUCAAAUGUGAUGUGGAGUACGGCCCUGAAUUGUUCAGUCAAGAUCUCUGUAAGAGUCAAGAUCUGUGGAAGAGCCAAGACCUUAACAAAAGCCAGGAUCUUGCAAGGAUUAAUAGAGAUAAUAAUAAGAAUGUUAAGAUUGAUUUUGGUGAUCAUGCGGAGGGAAGCAUUGGUAGAAUAUCCAGCAGAAAGAUGGAGAAUGCCAAUCUUGGGAUGGAUGUAGAUGGAGCUAAAAGUCCAAGCUCUGUAUCAGAGGUGGAUUUCUCUCUGGCCUUGCAGUUGCAGCAUCAGGCUUCUUCAUCUACUAGAGUUGAAUGGUACAGUGACGCAGCCCAAGUAGCGCAAGCGGUUGUUCUUGGAGGAGAUGAGGAGACUGGAUUGCACACGAAGGCAAAGGAGAUUAUGGUUGAAAAUCACCCUUCAGAUGCACGGGUGCAAGAAGUUGUCAUCAGUGGGGAUGAAGAUAUUGGAUUGAACACGAAGGGAAAGGAGAUUAUAGCCGAAAAUUGCCUCUCAGAUGCAGGGACUGAUGAUUUGGGUAGCAUUGACAGGAGCAAGGAUUUGAGAGCGUCUCCUCCAGACUAUGGUUUGGAUGAUAAGGAUCUGAAGAAGAAACAGCCUUGGGGAAAAGAUUGGUGGUGGAGACAAGAUGGCAGUGGUGAGCUGAGUGCUAAGGAUUAUGUGAUGGAGUGGAUUGGAAGCCAAAUCAAGCCUGGUAGAAGUGCAAACUGGGAUGACGAGAACAAGGUAGAGAAAAAUACGGAUGGAACUAAGACUCCAGAGGUCAGAGAAGAGCCUAGUGGUGAACUCACUCUUACAGAGUCAAUGAGAAUACCAGAGAAAAGCGUAAAAUCUGGAAAAAACAAGCACAAGAAGUUUAAGGAGUGGUGGAAGGAAGAAUAUUUUGCAGAGCUUAAUAAGAAAAACAAGAAGUUGAGAAAGAUGGACAGGAAAUGGAAGAGAGGAAAGAACGUUGAGAGCUGGAGAGAUGAGUGCUUUAGUGGGAAUUUGAGCAAAGGGAAUAGCAAAAGGUACAAUGGGAGAACUGAUAGCAGAGGCCGAGACUGGAAGGAUGAUCAUAGUGGAGAAAUCAGCUUUGGAAGGGUCUGGAGGAAUAGAGAUAAAAAGAAACAUCAUUCAAUGGGAAGUGAUAUGUGGAGUGGGGAUUUGCUUAGCAGAGAUUUGAGCAGUACUACCAGCAUGAGAGGAACUGUUUGUUACAUAGCCCCUGAAUAUGGAGGCUGUGGAUAUCUUUCAGAAAAGGGAGAUAUUUAUAGUUUUGGUGUACUUAUGUUGGUUAUUAUUUCUGGUAGAAGGCCUCUGCAUAUUCUGGCUUCACCCAUGAAGGAUUUUGAGAAGGCAAACCUCAUCACAUGGGCUAGACAUCUUGCUCAGACGGGAAAUAUCUUGGAUCUUGUGGACGAGAACUUGAGAGAUGUUUAUAAUAGAGAUCAGGCUAGUCUUUGUAUCACUCUCGCACUGUUAUGCUUGCAGAGAAUCCCUGAGAUGAGACCUGACAUAGCUGAGAUAGUGAAGAUUCUAAAAGGAGAGAUAGAUGCGCCAGAUCUGCCACUGGAAUUCUCACCUUCUCCUCCUUGCCGAAUCUUUAAUCGGUCGAGACGAAAACUAAAUGCAGAUAUUGCACUUUCUGUUGAUUUUCCAUAAUUUCAGAGUUACAUCCUUGUUAUGCUGCCCCUUUUUUUGAGAGUUGGCGUUUUUGAGUGUACCAUACCUGAAGGCCUUGCAAAAUUGAGGUACUUUUGUUGAGGUUUUACUUUUUUAAGUUUUUGGAGGAUCUGCCCAGUUUGAUAUUGCACAGUGAUUCAUGUAUAUUUUGACUGUAAGUGUUCCGUGUACUAGCAGUACAGUGUACACAAAGACAUAGAUAUGCAUACAAACAAAGAUGAUUUCUCCCUCCAAUUACUAAGCUAGUGGUGGCCAGUAAUCUUUCUGUAUCAGUAAAACUAGAGUACAUGGCAAUAUGCAGACUGUUUUCCUCUGUUUAACAUUCAUAUUUUCUUUGACAGAUGCUUGGGCCAUUCAAAUACAGAGACAUAAAAUUGUUUCUCAAUUCACUUCUCUCACAUGGUAAACUUAUAUGCUAUUUGUUAAAGCAGUGGACUGUGUUGUUCAAGGAGAUCUAUGGAUUAAUGAGCAGAUAUUCAAAAUAAACUUGUGCACAUUCUUCAUUACGAACUUUAGUUCCAAUAGUGAAGGAAGGGGUUUAAUUAGAGGAUGCAACAAUAUACAUACUGUGUAAUAUACCUCAUUCAAGAGAAAAUAUCAAAAUUGACGGCACAAUAAAAAAAAUGUGCAUCUUUUUGUAAUUUUCAGUCCACUGCUAAAGCUGUAAAUGAAUGGUGGGGUUAAUAGUUAGUCAACAUGAAUGUCACAUAUUAGCCAAACGUAUUGGUUUGGAGAAAAUGGAGUCCGUGAUCUGGGCUUAUGCAGGAGCAGCCUUUGCAGGGUAAGAGAAAAUCUGCCGAGGAGACUACUUCCAUAGUGCAUGAACCAAAAUAAUACUGUUGAAAAGACUCUGGAUGCUGCUAAGUUGCUAAUUGUAGGCAGUGCUAGUGUUCUACCUAAAUAUAGCAUGCACUGAAGACACUUCCCAUCUCUGUUUCAAUAAACACAAUAGCAUACCUGCAACUGGAACCUGCAUUUCUCAGUUUUGUGUGGUGUUUGUUUUACACAACUGGCAUUGCAACAGCUGCUUUUUAGGCAGUAGUUGCAUGACUGUUUUGAGGUAUUUUAGCAGUGUUUCCUUAUUAAAAUCUUUUUUAAUCAUAGUUUUCCAUGUCAGGGUCGUUGCAAAUCUAGUUCACGCUGUUGGGGAGCCUUUCCAUUUUCUCUCAUAUGUAUGUGUAUACAACCAUUGUGUGAACUCUUAUAUGCAAACCUCUGCCAACCGUAUUACAUGUCUUAUUGUUUUUUCUGGUGAUAUAGCUUCACAUGACAUGAGUCAACCAUGUCUUAUGAUAAAAGCUUAUAAAUUUACUACACAGAUUGUAAUUAUUUGAAGGUUAAAAACAAUGCAGUAAUCUUUAAACUGA